AUGAGAAGCAUAGUAAUAAGUAUAUUGUUGUUCAUAAGUGUGGUGGUUGCAGAAGACGUGGUUGCUGGUAAAGUUGUCAAUCCUGCAGAAACUGCAGAAACUGCAGAAGAAGCUGGCAUUGAUGAAACCGCUAAUAUUAACUUAGUCAUUAAUGAACAACCUCAAGCGUACGAGUCUCCAAGGUUCAAAAAGUUUGUGACACAUUGCAGCUCACAUGUUGCUGAAACAUGUAGUGAAAAUGAUCCAAUGCGUGGCAAAUUAGGGUUAUCUCUUUGCCUUUUCGAUUCCAUGGAAGCAUGUUUGGUAGACCAUAAGGCCUCACUUUAUCAAACAACUUCUUCCUAUAAAUCUCAGAAAUCAAUUCAAUAUUUGCCAGUGCUCAUUGAGACUGUGAAAUUUCAAGCUGUCUUGAGAACCUGUUCCAAAGUCACUGCACAAACUUGUUUCACUACUUCUGAUGUUAAUACAUCAACUUUAUCAGCUUGUCUUAAACCAUAUUUGAUUCGAUGUGUCUAUCUUGAUCAAGAUCCACCACCAUCACCACCAAUUCCAGCAGCAAAUAGUGGAAGAGAUCCUGCUCAGAUUACAUCUGAUCAAGUUACAUGUGGUUGGUGCAGAUAA